AUGCUGUUGCUGGCUCAGGCACCCAAGGCUUGGCACAGGCUCUUUCAGCUCAAGCCUCCAGCUCUCCCUAGGACCCCAGGAGGAGAGGCCCAGCAUGUGAGGUACCGGCUCCUAUCAAGGCGGGGCCCUGCAGAGACGGGAAGGCAGGACCAGCCCCAGGGCCCUGGGCUACGAACUAGGUUGCUGAUCACAGCCUUGAUUGGGGCUGGGCUGGGUGGGGUCUGGCUGGCCAUGAGAGCCGAGAAGGAGCGGUGGCAGCAGCAACGACGGACAGAGGCCCUGCGCCAAGCUGCCGUGGGCCAGGGUGACUUCAGCCUGCUGGAUCACCGGGGCCAGGCUCGCUGCAAAGCUGACUUCCGGGGCCAGUGGGUGCUGAUGUACUUCGGCUUCACUCACUGCCCUGACAUCUGCCCCGAGGAACUGGAGAAGCUGGUGCAGGUGGUGCGGCAGCUGGAGGCGGAGCCUGGCCUGCCCCCCGUGCAGCCCAUCUUUAUUACGGUGGACCCCGAGCGGGAUGACGUGGCGGCCAUGGCCCACUAUGUGCAGGACUUCCACCCCAGGCUGCUGGGCCUGACCGGCUCUGCUGAGCAGGUUGCCCAGGUGAGCCGCAGCUACCGCGUGUACUACAGCGCUGGCCCCAAGGACGAGGACCAGGAUUACAUCGUGGACCAUUCCAUCGCCAUCUACCUGCUCAGCCCUGACGGCCUCUUCACAGACUACUACGGCAGGGCCAGGUCGGCCGAGCAGGUCGCAGACAGUGUGCGGCGCCACAUGGCUGCCUUCCGCAGCGUCCUGCACUGAGCUGGGUCAUUAAAAGGAUGUGGUGGA